AUGAUUAACAAAUUUGAUAGUUUUACUCCCAGUUUAUUAGCCAAACAUAUUUAUUCAACUAUCAAACAAAUUUUUAAAUCUGAUGGAAAAAUUAUUUUUAACCAACUUAAAGAAAUCCCGCACCGGGAAACAGAAGAUGAAUUUCCUUUUGAAAUCAAAAAGGAGUGGAAAGAAGUAAAAAUAAGCGACCUUUUUGAAUUUCACCAUUUUAAUUCUAUACCAAAAAAAAUAAGAAAGAGUGGAAAAAUACCUUUCAUUGGUGCCAGCAAAAACAAUAAUGGCAUAAGCGAAUACAUUCUUCCUGUAAAAGGGUAUGACAUUAUUAAUUAUAGGUGUAUUACUUUCGGAGCACAAGGUAAUCCUAAAUUUGAAAUUAAUAAUUAUAAUGGCCCAUUUUUAGCAGCCAUGUUAGAAACCGAAAAGUUUAGAUACAAUUUUGGAAACAGUAAAAUAGAAAAAAUAGUCAAGGAAUUGGAUAAAGCAGAAUUGCUCGAUGUUGAAGUAAUUAAUUAA